CAUGGACCCAGACAAACAUGCCAAGAAUUUGAUACGAUGUGACCUGUGUGAGACUGAAACGGUACAGGUUAACUGUGAAACAUGUCAUGUCAGACUGUGCAAUUCCUGCAUUGGAGAGCACAUGACAUCUGAUGCAUCCAAGAAUAAACAUGAAAUUGUCAGAUUUACAUUUCAAAAAUCAAUUCCACUUUACCCCCUAUGUGCAUUUCAUGACAAAGAACAUUGUGAAAUGUACUGUGACGAUUGUAAUAUUCCUGUCUGCAUUACUUGCAUUACAUCUUAUCAACAUUCAGGUCAUAAAUUUUUGAAACUUUUGCAAGUUCUGGAUGAAAGAAAAAAACAGAUUGUCAAAGAACAAAAUGAAUUAAAUAAAGUAAUAUAUCCAAAAUAUCAUGAAAUUGCUUCUAAUGUAGAAUACAUGAUAAAGGAAGUAAAAAAGAAAUAUGAUGAUGUUUCAAUAACCAUAACAAAACAUGGAAAAGAAUGGCACAGAGAAAUUGACAAAGUUGUUACAAAACUAACAUCUGAAGUUGAUGAGAUGAAAACUAAACAGUUAAAAAUUUUGCGGAGGCAUCUGGAUGAAAUUCAUGUGAAAAUUUCUGAAAUAAGAAAUGAAAUUGAUUCAAAUGAUGUUGAUGUAACCACCAUGGAUGUUUCAGAACUUUUAAGUUUUAAACUUAAUGUAGAAAAAUUUAGAAAUCCUCCACAAAAACUUAUGCUGCCUUUACCGAAAUUCACUCCAGGAAAAAUCCAAGACCUUUGUAGCAUGUUUGGAACUCUAUCAUCAGGUAAACUUUCUUCAGAAAUCAUUACUACCAUAAACACUGAGUAUGAGAGAUGCCUAAAUAAUGUGGCCUGUCUGAGUGAUAAAAAAAUCUGGACAAGCGGUGAUGAGAACACCAUAAAACUUUACAGUAUCAAUCAGGGCUCAUUACUCAAGUCAAUCACAACCAAGUCAAGAUGCACACCCUAUGAUAUAGCAGUAACAAAACAUGGUUAUCUUGUUUAUACCGAUCCUAGUGACAGAACUGUGAAUAUUGUGAAGAAUGAAGAGAUAAAGACUAUCAUAAAACUACAGCACUGGAGCCCUGGCAAUAUCUGCAGCACCUCCUCUGGUGACUUCCUGGUUAUUAUGACUAAUAUUAUGAUACCCUCAAUAUCAAAGAUUGUUCGUUACUCUGGCUCUACAGAGAAACAAACCAUUAAUUCCGAUAAGAAAAGUCUUCUCUUCUUAUCUACAGAUACUAAAUAUAUCUGUGAGAACAGGAACCUGGAUAUCUGUGUGGCUGACUAUGGAGCUAAAGCAGUACUCGUGUUCAGUAAGGCUGGAUUACUGAGAUUCAGGUACACUGGUCCAAAGGACCAAUUAUGCAGACCAAGAGGAAUCACCACAGACAGCCAGAGUCACAUCCUUACAACUGAUUCAUACCAUGAUUCUGUCCACAUCCUAGAUCAGGAUGGACAGUUCCUUCAUUAUAUAGAAUGUGGAUUGAGUAUACCCAGUGCAUUAUGUAUAGAUGCAAAUAAUAGUCUGUUUGUUGUUCAACAGAAAAACAACCAAGUGAAGAAACUCAAAUAUCUGCAGUGA